UUCUAUCUCUGUCUUCUGUCCUGUUUUACCAUUAAAUCUGACUUAGUGUUUCGAUUUUCUGCCAUUUAUCCUAUGGUGGCGCUCGUGAUGUUGAUUUCAGCCUGAAUACGGCAACGAGCAGUCCAUAGUUAUAUAGUCAAAGGCUUAAAUCAUCUAUUGUAGACUGGGACUUAAGACAAUGUUUUAUGUUUUACACCUUUGUCUUAAAGUAACGCACAAUAACUCUUGUGACUAACCCCUGGUCCUUGCUUUAAAUAAUUACAAACACGUAUAGUUGCCAAAUUAUAAAACUCUUAAAACAUCGAGUACAAUAAUCCUUAGAUUUAAUCAACAAUUAAAAACAUGGGUCAAAAACUGGAAGAAUCAUGGCCAAACUCCGUCCUCAUAUAUGCAUUGUGAUCAUAUUGUUGAUAUGAUGACAAUGUCGGUUUUACAUACAUCAGAAUAAAUACAACAAAAAAUUAUACACAAGAUUUACAAGCUAAAUCUAAACGAGUAGAGGAACUCGAUAGCCGAUAGCAUCAAUCGAGAGAAAAAUGGAUACAAAUAUAAUGGGCAGCAUUUUCAUCUUUAAAGCAGCGAUCAUCGUAUUUAUGACAUUAUUGUACACUUUGCUGGAACCUUAUCUACCCGCGUUGAUGAAACGAGCCUUCCUCUAUGGCAAAUUUAGUAUAAAGACGCCUCACACAAUAGCAGCAAAAUUCGAAGUGCCUAAAAGGUGGUUUAAACAUUUUUAUGUUGUCUCUGCACCAUUGAUGACUGUUACUCUUUGCUUAGUCCUUUAUAAAUAUCGUUAUAAUGCGCAAGUGCCCGAAAUUGUGUUUACAUUGUUAGACACAUUAUUAGGAGCGUCAAGAAAACCAUUAAUAUCAGGAGAAGACGCAAUUCUGGCUUUUGUCAUAUAUAAUAUACAUUGUUGGAAGAGAGUAUACGAGACAUGUUAUAUUAGUGUAUUUAGCAAUCAGAAAAUUCACGUGUUCAUUUAUUUAGUUGGAUAUAUACAUUACACUGGAAUAAUACUGUGUAUAAUAGGCGAAUCCGAAGGAUUUGUUAAAGGUUCGCACGCGAGUGUAAAUUUGGACAAACUAACAACUGCCAAACUAGUUUGUGCUUUUAUAUGUUUAUGUUCAUCAUACAUGCAAUUAAAAACCAAUUUAACUCUUGCAAACUUACGUAAAAAUACGCAUGGCGAUGUUGUAUCCUUUGAGUAUAAAAUACCGUCCGAGGGUCUGUUUAAGUACAUAGCAGGCCCAUUGCAAUUACUAGAAAUACUUAUAUAUUUAAUGCUGUCUGUGAUCCUUUGGCAAGCUUCUACAUAUCAUUACGUUACUCUGUGGGUUGUAGCAAAUCAGGUAAGAAACAGAAUUCGACAAGAAAUAUUAUAUUUUCUCAAGAAAGAGAAAAAAUUAAGUGUACAAAUAACUCUUUCUAGGUGGAAAGUGCAGUCCUGGCUCAUCAGUGGUACCGUAAAACAUUCAAAAAUUAUCCAAAAGAGAGGAAGAUUUUAAUUCCUUGUAUAUGGUAAAAUUCCUCUAGGAAAAAUUUUGAUAAUUAAUUAUUAAAGACGAUAUUCGAUAAAAUAACUACAGAUCUAGAACCAAAGUGCUUAUUGCUAUUUAUGUUAUUAAUAUUCAAUUUAUAUAUUUACAUGUUUAUAAUGUAUGUGAAAUAAAUGUAUACCUAAUAGAUUUAGCAAUUCUGCAUUCUUAUAUUAGUUUAAAAAAUGCCUAUUUCCAUACAUUGCUUCUACUUUAUUAUACAAUGGUAUUAAAUAUGGAUUUAUUUUCAUUAUAUUACGUACAAUGUAAUGAACAUGAUACAACAUCUAUAACAAUAUAACUGUAUUUAUAAAAAAAUCUUUCUAGUUUUAAACUGUGAAAUAUUUUUUGUUCAAAUAAAUGCACGAAGAUGUGUUUCUGCACC